UUGCCAGUAUUAUUCAAAUCUAAAGCCGGAAAUGUAUUUAAUAAGAGCAUAAUUGAUUACAACGAUUUAAAAGCAAUAGUGGAUCGUACUUUGAUUAUUCAACAUAUAUAUUAAAAAACAAAACAGAAAUGCUUUAUUUGCCACACACCCCUCCUAUAAAAAUGGAUGGCCGCAGUUAUUUUUUCCAGAAAUGUUAUUUUGAAAUCCUUAACGGAUAUACUUUGGUUGCAUUGUGGUGGACUUGACGCAAGUGUUGGCGUUAGCUUUGGACUGACAGUUAGCAGAAGCCUUCGUCCAACAUGAAGAUACAAAUAUUUUAAUGAAAUCAUGACACAAAUUCGAGCAUUUUUACAGGUAGUAUAUUUGCCAGACUGUAUUCUGGCACGGUGACUGUGUCACUUGUUGUUUGAGAGCCCCGUACUUACUACGUUAGCUAGUUAGCUUCAGCAAGCUAAUAUAAACAUUGACAAGCUAACGUAGCUUUUUUUAGUGUUUCAAUUGUAAUGGAUGAGGAUUUUCUGCUCGCAAUUCGGCUUCAGGAGCAGUUUGACAAUGAAUACGAGACAUCAUCAUAUUCGUCAAACAGCUUUGAGGACAAUGGCUUCGGACAAAGCAGUAAGAAACGGAAAGUGGAGGUAGCUAGAGGUGGCAGCGAUGUUGCUCCCUACUGGAAGCCGACUGUCCGGCCCGACAGGCCGCUGUCCAUCGUGGACGCUUCCUGGGAGACGCUGGACCCCAGUCCCGAUGUCAGAGCCAUGUUUCUGGAGUUCAAUGACACAUUCUUCUGGGGGAAACUCAGCGGUGUCGAGGUUAAGUGGAGCCCAAGAAUGACACUGUGUGCUGGUGUGUGUUCUUAUGAGGGCCGAGGUGGUCUGUGUUCAAUCAGACUCAGUGAGCCUCUGCUGAAGCUUAGGCCAAGAAAAGACCUGGUGGAGACUCUCCUCCAUGAAAUGAUUCACGCGCUGCUGUUUGUGACCCAGAACAACAGAGACCGAGACGGUCAUGGCCCUGAGUUCUGCAAACACAUGAACCGGAUCAACAGUGCCAGUGGGACAAAAAUAUCUGUCUACCACAGUUUCCAUGAUGAGGUCGAUGUGUACCGGCAGCACUGGUGGAAAUGCAACGGGCCCUGUCAAAACCGCAAGCCCUAUUUUGGCUUUGUGAAGAGGGCCAUGAACCGGGCUCCAUCUGCUCAGGAUCCCUGGUGGGAGGACCACAAGAGGACAUGUGGAGGGGCCUACACCAAGGUCAAGGAGCCUGAAGGAUACAGCAAAAAAGGCAAGAAGGAUGGUAAAAAAGAUGGGAAGACCUCAGAGAAGAAGGCCUCAGAGAAGAAGGACUCAGGAAAUGGAAAGCCUUCAAGUACAACUACAGGUUCUGGCUCACAGGACAUAAGGAACAUGAUCCCAUUCAGUGGCAAAGGAUUCCUACUCGGGGGCACGUCGCAGUCCUCCGCGUCUUCCUCCCCAUUUCACGCACCAGAAGUGCCUUCCUCUCCAAAGAAACCCUUCACCCCUUCAUCUCCGGCUAAAACUCUCCAUUCUCCUGUUCGCUCAGGCCUUAAUAACAGAGGAAUCUCUAGCGCCUUUCCCUCCGUCAGACCAGCUACCUCCAUGGGCCAGAAGCAACCUACGAAGAGGUCUGUCGGUAACACGAGAGCUUUUGUCAACAUCAACGGCUCGCCAGUGAGAAUCCCCAAACCGCACAGCAGCAGCCGUAGCCAGGAAGCAGAUAAAACCAAGCAGAAGUCCAUUGAAGAGCUCUUCAACAGCUUCAGCAGGGCAGCGAGUCAGUCCUCCACCUCAGACCCAAAAACUAAAAGAGAUUCACGGACAUCACCGAACAGUACGACGAGCGCUGCCUCUGCGUCUUCCGUCUUUCGGAAACAGCAAAAUAACCACCCAGCCUCCUCCUCCUCCUCCUCCUCCUCCUCCUCCUCCUCCUCUCCCAGAACAUCUAUGCCUAGUCCUAGUGAAUCCAGCCAUGCUGUGGUUUCAACAGGAAUCAAAGGAAGCCCUGCUAAACCAACGCUCUCCAAGUAUUUCGGUCAUUCUAACAGUGACGGUACAUCAGGAGCUGCCGGUGGGGGUCCGGUAUCGAGGAAGAGGCCGUGGGACGACAGCAGCAGCUCGUCCACCAUCAUUGACUUCUUCCAGAAGACAUUAGGCAGCGAUUCAGCAGCAUCGAGGGGGUCGGUGAAGACAAAAUCGCCCGCAAUGCAGCAAAGGACUGCAGCUGCCACCGCCUCGUCUUUAUCCUCCUCUUCAUCCUCCCUCCAUUCCUCUGCAGGGCUGAAUAGUUUUACCCCCUCCUCUUCCUCGUCUUCCUCCUCGGCGCUGAUGGUCAGCUGUCCUGCGUGCCAAGCAAAGGUGCAGGAGUCAAAGAUCAAUGAGCAUCUUGAUUCCUGCCUCUCCUGAAUGAGGAGGAGCUGAUUGUAGACCCUGACAGGGAUUUGGAAAUACAACCUAACUUUAAAAAUGUUCAGGGAAAGUUUGCUGUGUUGAGUUUUAGUGAUUUGAUCUGACGUUGGACCAGAUCUCCCUUUUUAAAUUUCUCAAUUUUACUUUUAGAUGUUGGAUUUUAGGGAAAUGACUCCACUUUUGAUUUGAAAAGAAUGGUUGGACACCGUUUUACUACCAGAUUGGAUUGACUACCUUACUGUAAUAAUGACAAUUCUUCUCUCACUAGUGCCUGUCUGACAGUUUGUGCCUGAGUGUAGUAGAGAACAGCAGGGUUUAACAGAUAAUGUAAGUCAUUCACUUUUUAUGCUUAAAUUAAUGAUGUCUUUUUCAUCAGGGCAAAACACUCAAAAAUUCCAGUAAAUCCUGUCUGGUGGCGAGGACGAGUCUGUGUAUCGUACCAGUAACUGAAGCAUUCUUGUUUUAACUUUGUUGAAUAUUUUAAGGAUGACAUUAGAGCUGCAAUGAUUAAUCGAUUAGUUGUCAACUUUUAAAUUAAUCGGCAACUAUUUUGAUAAUCGAUUAGUCGGUUUGAGUAAUUCUUUUAAGACAAAAGUAAAACU